UAUCCGACGAAAUGAGCGACGUUGGCGAGCGACCCCUGCUUGGCGACCCUUCCCUUGACGUUGGCGACCCUCCCCCGCAUACUCCCCCUUCCCCCGCAAAUUUGGAGAUCGGUCUCCUAUCUUCUCCUAUCCCAAUUCGCAACUGCAAUAGCAAAAAACCACGACAGCGACACCAUCCACCACCAUGCUGAAGGAGAAGAGGACCAACUCACUGGCAUUUGCGCAGACUGAUUGUCACACCUGUACGCCUGCCGGCCGGACAUGUGAUCGUCGACGACCACAAUGCUCGACCUGCCUUGGUCUUGGCGUAAAAUGUGGCGGUUUUGUGACGCCACUGUCGUGGGAUAAUAAUCGCAUAUGGCUCGGACAGCCGUCACAGAAAACGCGUUACAUUUAUGACAGCAGCAUGGGGAAUGAGAGCCCAAAGGUAUCGCCAAAGGCCUUUCGCUUUGUUGACGCAAGUUCCAGAAGGAAGAGGCGUCGCAGAGUUAGCCCAGUCUCCAGCCCCGAGGAAGAAAUUUGUCGUGCCUCGGAAUCAGAAUCACCCGAAGAAAUCGGCAUUGAUUCAUAUCUCGCCCAUCCAUCUGGCUCGCUCCUGGAUGACUUUGAUCCGUUAAAUUUCGGUGAUUGUGAGCUACUGGAUACCGUGAUCCCCAAUCCACAGGAAUUCAUGCCUGACUGGAUGUCCGCGACAUUUCCUGGGCAGGAAUCCCAAGAUCAGAUGAUAUUGACGGCCGAACCUUCUUCCAACAGUAUUGGUCAUGGAUCCGAGGAUGUUUUUACUACAAGCCUCAUGGAACUACUCGAGACCGUUUCCACCCAUCCGUUUGAGAGCCACCAACUUGAGCCACCUCGUCUUGUAGCUUUUCCGACCCGACAACCUCCGUCCGAGAUCUCCACCGAGUUGAUUCCUAACCAUAUUGGAAACCAGCAUGAGCGACUUUUUCAGAUGUAUGAUACGGAGCUAUGUGUGUUACCACUGACGUCUGAUGUGGCCUUCAAUCCGUUCCGCUGUCGACGACAGGUAUUACAGGGGUCUCGACUUCUUUUCCAUGCGAUACUGGCACUAUGUUGCCAGCAUCAGAACCACCUGACGGGCACUUGGUCCAAAGAAGCCUCUGAGCACCGAACGAAGGCUGUAGAGCUACUGGAUAGCGCGUCCAAGAGCGACCAAGUCACCAAAAUUGGAUUACACGUCUUGGAACCAAUCUUAGUCAUGUUUACCUUGGAUUGCACCCUUUCCGCCACAGGACCGUGGAGUGGGCAUUUAAUGCGUGUGCGUUCAGUUUUAGAUGCCUGUGGAGGGCCUCUGGCGCUCGAUAACUCGCGCGUCCGUUCGCAAGUUGGGAUGCUAUUCUGGUGGGAUGCAACCCUAGCACUGAUCUCUCGGCAAGGCAUAAUCAUUGAUCUGUCGUACCUCGAUCAUCUUAUGCUCAGCCAAGGCCAAGACGAAUGGUCCUUCUAUGACCUCACCGGCUGCCCCGGGGACCUUUUCGUGCACCUAGUUCAGCUAGCUGAGCUGGCGAAGCAAAGAGAGCUAGCCGCGUGCAUGACUUGGCUCACCUUCGAUCUGUCGCCAGUGAUCAAAAUCGAGCGCGAAAUCCAACAAUGGCAAAGCAGCCUGUUCGCCGAUGCAUACGGUCCGAAUUUCGAUACAAUCGUAGAAAAUACAUCGGAGUCGGAUGCUGAAGCUGACAUCGAGGAACGGUUCCACGCCAAGCAGGACCGCUACCACUGCGCAGAGGCUUGGCGGUACGCAUUGCUUAUCUACAUCAAGCGAGUUUUCCGCUGGGACCGGAAGUGUCCUCGGCCUCUGAUCCUGACGUGGCUGGUCCGCAAGACAAUGGAUCACGUCCGCUGCUGUCGACGGACAUCUCAAACGCAGAAACAGCUGCUGCUGCCCGUAUUCCUCGCAGGUAGCGAUAUGACUGACGGGGAAAUGCGUGGGUUUACGCGGCAAUACUGUAAGUGGUGGGCUAAUAGGAGCCGAUAUAACAUGUUCAAUUCGGUGUCGUCGCUGCUGGAGGACAUUUGGGAAGAGGGUCAUUCGCAUGCGUGGUGGGGGUCUGUGAUUGAUCGGAAGACGACGAGUCCUGGAGUCGGUGACCCAGGUGUUCAGUUCCUGUUUGGAUAACGGUUCAGGUACUGGACGGCUGUUAAUGCUAUAUGUAUAAAUACCCCCCGGCGUUAUUUUAGCGAAGGAGGUUUUGGUGAUACGAUCUCAUUUCCUCCAUAUAUAUUGGUGCCAAGCAAACGAUUGUGCUCCAUUCGCAAUUCACCUUGGUCGAUGUGAACUUUUGUUCAAUCGCAAAAGGGCUCUGAAAUGCGACCAAAAAAAUGGGAAAGUACAGUGGGGAGAUCCUAGGAGAAGAGUAGAAUAAUACUAUGGCCGGGUGGGAUUGUGUCAGCGACGCGAGAAGGUACCAUUCAAGAAGUACAGUAACCAGGUAUGAGGGCCCAGCCCAUGGUCUGAUAGGUGGGAACCCCUGAACCUACAAUCCCCAAACAGUCUCCUGUGAAACACAUCGGUCCCUGACA